UUGUUAUUUGUAAUUAAUGAGAAAACGGUGUAAAGAGACCGAAAUCUUAUAAAACGUUUGGACUUAUAAGCUUACUUCAUACAGUGCAAUAAGUGACCAUCUAUACAACAUCUCUCUCAGACUAACGGACUUUAAUCAUAUAAUGUACAGUAUGAGUGCUAUAACUAGUUAUACUACUGACAUAGGAGAUUUACAUCGUUACCAUUCUAUGUAUUUCAGACCCAUUUCACCACAGUUCCCUCUAAGUCAGGACGAUCUCAUUGAUAUGGCUUCAUCUCCACAAAUAGUUCCAUCUGAAGGUUACCAUAGCGACAUGUCAGAAUCCGAGUUGUCUUUCCAUGAACAAGAACCAAUGAUUAUCAAACAAGAGAAAAUAUACGGCUGCUGCAGUCCAUCAGCAGAAUACGAAACUAAAACAUUCAUGGAUUUAUCAACCAAAAUGGAAUACACUGAACAAAGUGAAAAUACACAAUUAUUGAGCUGGACACGAAAACAUCCAGAACAUUGGGAAAGCAGGGAAGUUUUAGACUGGGUGUACUAUGUUGCUGAUGAACUGUUCCCAGAAAGUGAAUCACCAAUCAGAGGCGAGAAAUUCCAGAACAUUACCGGGUCUCAGCUUUGCAGAAUGACUCUGGCCGAUUUCCUUGACUGUGAUGGUUAUUAUGGAAAGUCUUUGUACGACACAUUCCGUAGUUGUCUUAAUCAAGGACGUUUUAUUGAACCUGCACCAUGUGACUAUACAACAGAUUAUUUGAACACGAAUGUUCCAGAGUUCUACAAAAUGUACCAAAUCUCAGAAAAUAUUGAACCCGUCAACAUAGAUACACGAACAGAAAAAAUGUUAGAGGAGAAUUUAAACCUUGUAACAAAGAUUGAUGAUAUGGAUGGUAUGAGAAAGGUACAGAUCGGAGGCAUGUGGAUACCCUUUGACGACGACCCAUCUAACAUCCCUGAUGCAUUCUUACAAGUCGGAGAUCAAGUCUUAGAUUAUAUCAGUGAAGAUGAAUCUGACCGAUCAAGCGAUAUCAGCAAUGACGGCUCACGAUUUUUGUCACUAUCAAAUAAUUCCUGUACCGACAUUCCAUUAUUACCGCCAUAUCACCGAACACGCCCACAAUCCAGUGUAUCGAGUGACGAAGGGGUGUUUAUGGACGAACCAGUGUCCCCAAUAGAACCAAAACCUAAAAAGGGACGACGUGUAGGUCAAGGUUCAAAGGGUAAUCAUUUGUGGGAAUUUGUGAGAGACUUAUUAAAAGAUCCUAGUUUGAACCCAACAUUAUUGAGAUGGGAAGAUAAAGAAGCAGGAGUGUUCAGAUUCGUGCAGUCUGAAGCUGUUGCCAAGAUGUGGGGACGUAAAAAGAACAAUCCAGGCAUGACUUACGAGAAGCUGAGCAGAGCUAUGAGGUUCUGUAGAUCAGCUGGCUACUUCGCUGAAGUGCCAAAAUCUGGCAAAUUCCCGAAGAAAUUAUGCUUUAGAUUCGGUCCAAAAGCUUAUGGAUGGAAAGAGGUGUAGAGAAUGCUUUAGGUACUAUUACAAACGAGGCAUUCUCGAACGAGUCGAUGGUAGACGACUGGUUUACAAAUUUGGACCAUUUUCCACUGGCUGGAAAGAAUGAGAACAUUUGGUUGCCAGUCUUAGUUAACCGCUUCAGUUAAUUCCGAAAGAUGACGAUGAAUGACGAGAAAUACCGAAAAGAUCUCGGAGAGUUGAGCUCGGUAGAUUCCGCCCAAGGACAAUAUCAUACCAUCAGUAUUAGAGGAAUAGAAAUAAAUCAGCAACCAAGUAAUGGUGUAUGGCCACUCCUCAUUUCGUGACUCAAAUCACCCAUGACAAUCAUUUUCUAUAAAACUGAAAUCCGACAAUGGCCAUCGUAAAGGUUCUAUCGAAUUAGAAAUCCGACUGAAGUCACGUGGUGUAUGGGAGUUGAUAAUCUAGUUAAGAUUGUCAGUGUUGUAUCUCUGUAAAGGGAAUAAGGUUCUCCGUUAGCAUGUAGCCUAUUAUUGUAUUCUACAAAGGAGUUGAUAAUCCACCUAUUAUUGUUAUAUUGUUGUAAAAAUCUCAUAAUUUAUAGAUUGUUUAUAUUUGAUAUUUAUUUUUUUGUAUAUUUUUAUAUAAAAGAGUCAAACUAAUAAAUUGUUGAUUCU